GCGUUCGCACCAAAUAUUUAAUCUUAAGCUAUCUGUGAAUUGAAACGGUUCCGAAGUUAGUGCGCUCUGCACCAUCGAGGUGUAAUCAUUUUACAUUGUAUCCUCGCGUUGUAAACAAUUUUACAAAAUUAAUUGAAUUAGUGAAAAGUAACUCGCAAAGUACUAAUGUCGCGAUAAUUGACAGGCAAUACAUAAAAAAAGAAACGAGACUUCAGUUAAUUGAAAAUAAAAACAAAUUGAAUACGUAUUAUUUUAUUUUAUAUAAAUAAGCACCUGCGUCAUAAAUUAUUUCAACAUGUUUUCCCAACAUAGCCAAUUAUCACCGAAUAGUCACUUUACUGCCAUCGUCAUGAUUCCUGCUAUUAUCUACACAUUGAUCUUCACACUACCAAGCACACUUGCUAGUGCUUAUGGGUUCAAUCCCACAAAUAUGCUCUCAAUGGAUGCAGCACAACAUCAGCAGCAACACCCAUAUCAGCAACGUAAACCCACAUCAGCGCUUGCUUCCAAAGUUCUCUUUCACAGUCCAUCGUUGGCAAACAUCUACAAAGACAUGAUUGUCUCAUCCAAGCCACUGCAUUUACGCAAACAUGGUAACGGUCCGAAAGCGAAGAAAACGAAGAAGGACUCCAAAAUCUAUUAUAUUCCUAUACCGCCAAUGCCAUAUCGUUAUAUACCCGGUGUAGGAUUGGACUACCAGCCGAUGAAAAUUAAUCCCAUACUGCAUGAGGUACCAUUAGCACUAAGUAGCAUGGCACCAAACAGCAUGGCUGGUUUGAAUCAAUUAGCUCAUGUGAGUAGUGGCAAUGCAGGUGGAUCAAAAAUCAGCUCGAAUCACCACACAUCAUUGAAUCAGAUGAGCGAAAAUAAUCACAUACCUGUUGGUAAAGAGAGCGCUCACCAUGGGAGUGCGAGUAAAAAUGAAAUUGAUGUAUCGGCAAGUGGACCGACAGCAGGGAAUGUAGCUGGGGAAAGUAAAGUUUAUCGCAUGCAUCGCGGUGAUUAUUAUUUCAAUGGGCGGCCAUUUAGACUGCAGGUGGCGCAUGCGCAACCAAAGAAUCAAUUAACGCCACUUAAUCUUAAAUCUAAACUUUAUUUCAAUAAGAAAAUUAUUUAUUAAAUU